AUGGGUUACACAGGCCUCAUCGGAAAGGGCAAGGCCUCCGACGACGACAAGUCGUCCAGCAGCAACAACGACGCCGAGGCGGGGCGCGUCAGCCUCCACUCGAUUAGCAGCGACGACAAUGUCGAGGGUCGCAGGAAGAUUGGCCUCAUCUCCGCGACCGCGCUCAUCUUCAACCGCAUGAUUGGAACUGGUGUGUUCGCUACGCCCAGCACCAUCCUGGCCUUGAGUGGCAGCGUGGGCAUGUCGCUCAUCAUGUGGGUCAUUGGCUCCAUCAUCGCCGCCGCGGGCAUGUGGGUGUACGUCGUCUGGGGUUCCGCCAUUCCCAAGAACGGAGGCGAGAAAAACUACCUCGAGUACCUCAUUCGCCGCCCCAAGUUCCUCAUUACCUGCGUCUUUGCGUCCAACGGCGUCCUCCUCGGCUGGGCCGCCGGCAACUCGAUCGUGUUCGGCGAAUAUAUUCUCCGCGCCGCCAACCAAGAGAACCCGGGCCAGUGGACGCGCCGUCUCGUCGGUUUCGCUGGCAUUACCUUUGCCUUCCUCCUGCAUGGCACAAACGUCCGCGCAGGCCUGUACCUGCAGAACGUUCUCGGCAUUUUCAAGUUUGUCGUCCUCCUCGUGGUCAUCAUCGCCGGAUUCGUGGCACUUGGGGGUCACAUGGCCGUUCCCAAGCCCGACAACUUCACAAACGCGUUCGAGGGCACAACUGCGAGCGCAAGCUCGUUCUGUUUGAGCUUGUACAACGUCAUCUGGUCGUAUGUCGGCUUUUCCAACGUCAACUAUGCGCUUUCUGAGGUCAAGAACCCCCAGAGGACGAUCCGUAUCGCUGGCCCGCUCGCCAUCGGCAUCACCACCGUGCUGUACCUUUUGGCCAACAUUGCCUACUUUGCCGCCGCCACAAAGGAGGAAAUUACCUCCUCGGGUACCCUCGUGGCAGCUCUCCUCUUCCGCAACGUCAUGGGUGCCAACGCCGAGCGCGCCCUGUCUGUCUUUGUCGCUCUGUCCGCGCUUGGCAACGUCCUGUCGGUCAUCUUCUCGCAGGGCCGCGUCAACCAGGAGCUCGGCCGCGAGGGUAUCCUCCCCUUCUCCAAGUUCUGGGGCAGCAACAGGCCCUUCAACGCUCCCCUUGCCGGUCUCUUCCUCCACUGGGCCAUCUGUCUGAUCACCAUCUUCGCCCUGCCCGCCGGCGACGCGUACUCGUUCGUCAUCAACACCAUCUCGUACCCGCUCUCGGUCAUCAACGCCGUCAUCUCCUUUGGCGUCGUGUACCUCCAGUUCUUCCCCUACUCGGACUGGCGCAAGCCCGGCUGGGUCGCCGUGGGCGCGUCGGCCUUCUUCGGCGCCGCCAACGUCUUCCUCUUCAUUGUGCCCCUCACCCCGCCCCCGCCCGGAGGCGAGCCGUACAAGACCAUGCCGUACUGGACGCACGCCGUCGCCGGCUGGGCCGUGUUCGGUAUUGGCUUCCUGUACUGGAUUGUCUGGGCCAAGAUCCUCCCGCAGGUCCUGGGCUACGACCUCGUCCGCGAGAAGGAGGUCGGCAAGGACGGGCUUACCCGUAAUGUGUUCAAGCGCGUCAAGAGGGACUAG